CAGCGAGGGGGCUGCUGGGAGUUGUAGUAGGGGAGGCGGAGGGAACAUGGCGUCCAAGAUCCGGGUGGCACUUCGGCCCGUGAAGAGUAUCUUGGUCCGCUUCUGCCCGUUCGAGCCCAACGUGGAGAGCACAAGAAUAUUUCUUCAACGAAUAUACCAUAAAAAAAUCUAUGACACCAACAGGAACUGUGAAGUGACUGCUGAUGUAAGACAUGAUGGGUCUGAACCACUUGUAGAUGUUAUGUUUGCUGAUGGAGAGCGACUGAUAAUGAAAGGAGCCAACCUGACAACAGUAGAAAUGUUAACGGCAUUGAGCUCCAGAUGUAAUACGAAAGAGCUUAAAGCAGAACAGAAAAGCAAGAAGAAGAGUCCCUGAAGUACCAAACAAAUGUGUUCACAUUUACAUGUGUCAAAAGCGGCAGACUGCAUAGAAGGCUUUUCUCAUACGUGACAAAUCUGAAAGUUUAACAUGCAGCAGAACGAACCAUUUAAAUGUUCCUGCCUCUUCUCCUCAAGAAAAAUGCACUGGAGCAACAUAACUUUUUAACACUAGCGGGUCAAAAUGGCUUAAUGCACAAGUGAAUCUUUCUAAACAGCUGCCUGUUGGUCAUCUGCAUGUUGGACUAAAAUCACAUGUAUUUGCCUAUGAAUAUGAAUAAUGGAUGUUAGUUGUUAAGUUAAUAAAUGUUAAAAAUCAA